UUAUUUUCCUAGUUGAAAUUACUCUCAUAUGAAACCACAGGAAAGUUACCAAAAGAGUAGAACCACACAAAACAAAUGCAAAGCUGAAACAGUAGCAGUAGCAUAUUAUCUCUCCCUCCAUUAUUAUUUAAUAAUAACAACACCCUUACUCAUCGCCAUUUCACUCUCUCCCCUUCUUCUUCUUCCAGCCCCUACAUUUGAAUCUCUCUCACUCUCUCUCUUGUUUCUACCAAACGCGCUUCCCAAGCCCCAAACCUAGCUUUCUUAAUCAUGGCGGAGAAGCACUUGCGGGAGCUACUUCUGGAGGACCAAGAGCCAUUCCUCCUCAAACACUACAUUUCAGAACGACGUAGCCUCCUCAAAACAGCUUCCCCAAACACCACCUUAACCAAAAACACCUCAAACUCAAACUCAAACUUCCCACUUAACAAAUGCCUCCUCUCCUUCCACAACGCUACCAAAUCUCCACUCUCGGAAUUCGCGCCACCCACCAAGAACCACACCCCCCUCAGGCCCUCCAACGCCAAAACCGCCACACUCCUCCUUGAAGCCGCCCUCAGAAUCCACAAGCACACCAAACCCAAGCCCAACAGGGCCUUCGGCAUCUUCGGCUCGCUCUUCAAGAAACUCAGGACCCAGCGGAAGAGGGGACAGAUAAACGAUGAUGUCGUUGCUGCCGUUGGGGUGGUGGGAUCCUGUGAGGGCAGACCCAGCAGUAGUGGCGUGUGGUCGGAGAGCAACGAGGACAAGUCUUUGGACAUGGAAACUUGUAGCAGUGCCCACUCCUUCGAUGACUCCGUCGAACAAGAGAUUCAGUUCCUCAACACUCGCAAACUCAACUCUCAUGAUCUCUUCUUCUGCCAAACCCCUUUCCGUUUCUCGCUCCGCCACAGCCCCGACUACUCCCCCCGCCGCACUCCGGAAUUCUCUUCGCCGCUCGCCUCUCCCCGUCGCCACACCACUCAGGACAACAAAGUUAGUAGUGGUGAUGGCGUCAACAAAUUCCAACCUGGGAAAGAAGAGGAAGAAGAAGAUAAAGAACAAUGCAGUCCAGUGUCUGUUUUAGACCCACCCUUCGACGACGAUGAUGCCUUUGAUUUGGACUGUAGCUAUGCCAAUGUUCAAAGAACUACGCAGAAUCUACUAGACAGGCUUCGUAGAUUUGAGAAGCUUGCGGAGCUAGAUCCGGUGGAGCUUGAGAAGAGGAUGUUGGAGCAAGAAGAUGAAACAUUUAUGGAAGAGGAUGAUGAAAAAAAGGUUGUCGGGGAAAGUGUGGUCGAAAUCCUGAGUGAUUCGCAGGAAGCAGGUGAGGACCUUAAGAGGCUGGUUUAUGAUCUGAUAAUGGAGGAAGAGACAGGAGUGAAUUGCUCAGAAGAAAGGAACACAGUGGUGAUGAGAAGGGUUUGCAGGAGGUUGGAGUUAUGGAAGGAAGUGGAGUGCAACACCAUUGAUAUGAUGAUUGAAGAGGAUUUCUGCAGAGAAGAAGGUAGGUGGAAGAAAAAUGGUGAGCACAGAGGGGAGCUAGUUCAGGAAGUUGAGUUUGCAAUCUUUUGCUAUCUAAUGGAAGAACUUUCAGAGGAACUAGUAUGUUGUUAGUGUGAGAAAAUUUUGAAGCAGCUGAAGAAUUUAGAAUGAAUGAUUAUGUUUAUUCUUUUUCACUAGGUUACAAUCUAACUUGCACCUUAUUUGAAUAGGCUAGUUAGAUAAGAAGAGACCCAAAAGGAUAAUUUGGAUGAGGGAUAUGUACAUGAUGAUUGGUGUAUGUAAAUCACCUUUAGUAGUUAAGAAUACUAUCAUUUUUGCACUUA